AGUAACGGCCACAGUCGCAGAUUCUCCAAGGAUCCACUCACCGCUGCAGCUCAACACUCCGUCCUCCGCGAAAUUGGAUUCUCGGCGGCGGAGACUUCACCAUGAGGAAGCGAGAUUUGGCCAUUCUCAUGCUCUCCGCCUUCGCCAUCUUCUUCUCUCUUCAGCACGAGGGUGAUUUCUCCUUCAGAGAGGCGUGGAUGCAUCUCUCCGACGACUACCCGAUCAAGUUCGAAGGCGACCGCCUUCCUCCGCCGAUCGUCGCCGAUCUCAACGGCGACGGCAAGAAGGAAGUCCUCGUCGCCACCCACGAUGCCAAAAUCCAGGUUUUGGAGCCUCUUAGUAGGCGUGUAGACGAAGGAUUCAGCAACGCGCGCGUGCUUGCGGAGGUGAGCCUUUUGCCUGACAAAAUCCGCAUCUCCUCCGGCAGACAGGCUGUGGCAAUGGCCACCGGGGUUAUUGACAAGCUUAGGCCGGGGCAAAGACCCAGGCAAGUUUUGGUGGUUGUUACGUCGGGUUGGUUUGUUAUGUGCUUUGAUUCCAACCUCAAAAGGCUGUGGGAAGUCAAUUUACAGGAGGAUUUUCCACAUAACGCGCACCAUAGGGAGAUUGCCAUCUCAAUAAGUAACUACACCUUGAAGCAUGGGGAUACAGGAUUGGUGAUUGUUGGUGGAAGGAUGGAAAUGCAGCCUCAUAUUUUCAUGGAUCCUUUUGAAGAAAUUGGGAUGGCGGAUCGAAAUGCUGAGCAGCAUAGAAGAAAUCUAACUGAAAAGGAGGCUUCUGAGAGUUCAGGAACUGUGGAUUUACGCCAUUUUGCAUUUUAUGCAUUUGCUGGUAACUCUGGAACUAUUAGAUGGACUAGAAAGAAUGAGAAUAUUGAAGAGAAUUCUUCAGAUGCUUCACGGUUAAUUCCACAGCAUAACUACAAGCUUGAUGUUCAGGCUAUGAACAGUCGUCGUCCAGGAGAGUAUGAAUGUAGGGAAUUCAGAGAAUCUAUCCUUGGAGUUAUGCCACAUCAUUGGGAUAGAAGAGAAGAUACUUUGUUGGAACUUGCACAUUUCAGGCGGCACAAAAGGAAAACAGUGAAGAGAACAUCCGGAAAGACUAUUAACUUCCCUUUCCACAAGCCAGAAGAAAACCAUCCUCCUGGAAAGGACUCAACAAAAAAAAUUUCAAACUUGAUUGGAAAAGCUACACAGUAUGCUGGUUCAGCAAAAUCUAAGAAGCCAUAUCAAUAUAUACCUACCAUAACAAACCACACUCAACUUUGGUGGGUCCCUAAUGUCGUUGUAGCUCAUCAAAAAGAAGGAAUAGAAGUUAUUCACUUAGCAACUGGCCGCACUUUCUGUAAGCUUCAUCUUCAAGAGGGUGGCCUUCAUGCUGAUAUAAAUGGCGAUGGAGUCCUAGAUCAUGUCCAGGCUGUAGGGGGAAAUGGCGCUGAGCAGACUGUUGCUAGUGGAUCCAUGGAAGUGCUCCGUCCCUGUUGGGCUGUUGCGACCUCUGGUGUACCCGUUCGAGAACAACUAUUUAAUGCUUCGAUAUGUCAUCAUUCCCUUUUUAACUUAUUCCAACAUGGAGAAUAUUCUAGAGGCUUUGGUCGAACUCAUGAUUUAGCAUCGUUGGAGGUAGCAACUCCCAUUCUCAUUCCGAGAAGAGAUGGCCAUAGGCAUCGUAAGGGAAGCCAUGGUGAUGUUGUCUUCUUGACAAAUCGUGGUGAGGUAACAUCAUACUCCCCUGGAUUGCAUGGCCAUGAUGCCGUUUGGCAGUGGCAGCUGACGACGGGUGCUAUAUGGUCAAAUCUUCCAUCUCCGUCAGGGUUGAUGGAGACUGGUAACGUGGUCCCUACACUGAAGUCAUUCUCGUUGCGAAUUCGUGAUAUUCAAGAGGUGGUCCUUGCUGCCGGAGAACAAGAGGCUGUGGUGAUUUCUCCUGGAGGAAGUAUCGUAACAUCAGUUGUCCUUCCAGCACCGCCUACACACGCCCUGAUCACCGAGGACUUCUCAAACGACGGGCUCACUGAUCUUAUUGUUGUGACGAGUACCGGGGUGUACGGGUUUGUCCAGACAAGGCAACCAGGUGCCCUCUUCUUCAGUACCCUGGUUGGUUGCCUCAUACUUGUAAUGGGCAUCAUCUUCGUGGCCCAACACCUCAACUCCAUCAAAGGCAAACCCCGCGCUCCAUCUUCUCAGUGAAAGCAGCAGAGCUUUCACAACGAAAAUACUAACCGAAUAUCGCCACAACUCGAGAGAAGCAAAGGAGUUCAUCGACAUCGUGUUUUGGUAGUGAAAAAUCGGCAUACGCUGGAGAAAGAUCGACGAGCUGACAGACUUGCUUCCCUGCGUUCACUGUAAUCCUUCUGUGGCGCUUCGUUUUCUCCUCCGAGUUUAUUGCAUGUAAAAAUCUUUCUUCUGCUAUGUAUCAUUUGCAUCUAAUUUUCCGUCAGUACAUUAUCUCUUGUUUUUUACUUCAAAUUUUCUCCAGGCUCAUGACUUCGAGCAUCUCCAACAACACUAGGUAUAUUUUAAUUAGUUUAGCAUGAAAUUCGAAGAUUGUUUUGGCUUAGCCGAUUUUAAAAAUGUUACUCCUACAACUUUGAAUAUUUUUUUCAUUUGAUAACUUUGAAUACUAUUUAUUAAAAGGUACUUAUUAUAAGA